AUGCGUCCCUCGCAUGGCGGUCGUAGCCUACUCAGUAAAGCAGUGCGACCUCUACAUCCCAAAUCGUUUGCUUGUCGGGAAUACAACGACAGUUCCUUCGAUGACUUCAGGGAGGAGAUACAAAAUGAGAGAGACUUCCUGGACAGCUUCCUAGAGGACAACGAAAGCUCCUCUCCUUGCUGGAAUACCAAGGUCAUCCAGAGAUUCUGCGAAACCAGGACCGGAACGAAAGCGGUGCGAGCGCAACCCGAAAUUUGGCUUGAUGAUCGCGAGCGUGGCUCAAACAAAAGCCGCCAAUACCCCGAAGUUCUCACCGUAGACGAGCUGCGCCAGCACCUCGAGCUCCCACGCUUUGGUGUCGCAAACCUUGCGAACGCUGACUACCGGCAAAUCCGAAUCCACAAUCUGAACCCGGCAUCACUCCUGGCAAUUGCACGCACAUCAGCCUGUCACCAGGUCGAUACGCUAAGGGAUACAUUUGCGAAACACAUCUCCGGCGCCACAUCGCUUCGGGUAUACGAGAGGGUCAUUGGAUUUGUUACCCCUCGCUUAGAGCUCCAUCUUCCGUAUCUGACCCUACGAGAAGUGUCUAGCUCAAGUAAUCAGUGGAAAGGUCGUGAUCCAAAAGCAGAGGCGGAGAGUUGGUUGGAUCUACCUUUACCUGAUUCCGAUUCAAAGACCACAGACGGACCGAACCGGUUCUUCAUCGAGAAAUCACAUAUUUCCCUGGUUUUGUGCAUUUGGGACUAUUCCAAAUGGGUCGGGUACGCUUUCUCAAAAGGCGGUCCCACACCGACAUCAGAGAAAGAGACCGAUGCAGGAAAUGAGUUGGACAGAGAAGCUAGCGACGAGGAAGAUAACGAGGAUGACUGCGCGAUCCCCAAAGAAGAUAUCUUCGCACCCCGGGGUGUGGAGCACGGCCUAUAUGCGGAAUACCCCAUCCGUGAUCCACGAGUCUAUUUUCUCCGAGUUUUUGACCAGAAACAGUUCCGAUGCGCAAUCACGGAAGUGUCUUACGACGAACCACAACAGAGCGUUACGCAGCUAUCCAACAGCAUCGUCAAGAUGUCUGGACUCUUGCGGCACGUCAAAUCGCAGCUCGCCCUCGCAACUCGGGCUUGGAAGGAGUUCAGCGGCCGCGACGGAGACAUCAGCUAUUUUAGUGACAUUCGAAAUACUCAUGGAAGGCUGUAUAUCAAGAGUAUCAAGGCUUCGUUCAGGGAGUUGGUGAACCAUGAGGGUACACUAAGUGCUCUGGUCAUUGACUGUGCAGUAUCUGCAAAGAACCAGCUGAAACUACGCAUGGAACUUGAAAGUCGAUAUUUAAAUCUCGAAAGCAAUCGAAUGAACCUUGACACCAUUGAGGUUCAACGCCAAUGCAUAAGCCGCGAGAUGCAACAGUUGACACUUGAUAUGCAAGGUUUGAAUCGGGAGAACAACUUGACCGCACAGAGCACGAGCAAAACCACUCGCACCAACGUUCUCAUGAUAUGGAUCACCACGCCUUUCUUCGUGGCGCUACAGUAUUUUAGCGCCGAUCAGCCUAUCUUUACGUCGUUCGAACGAAGCCCACGCAACUUUGGAAUCUCUUUGUGCAUCUUAGGACUUGCACUUCCACUCUCGAUAUGGAUCAUUAACGUUCUGUAUGGCGUUGUUCACUAUAUCGUUCCCCGGUUGUGUUUGAAGAAGUCACGCAAUGGGAAAAACGUCGAAGGCAAGUUUUCGCCAGAAGUCUUCAUCAUUAUCCGAUCAUACUGA